GAAUCUCCUGUGCUCUCUUUCUGGGGUCCUGAACCCAUUGCCCUUCCUUCGCGUUUCGCUCGCAUCAAGCGCAACCUUAUUCACGGACACGAGGCCGAGCUCGAAGCCAGCUGGACCCGUCUUAUUACUGCUCUCCGCGACGAGGUUAGCCGUAUCGAAGAUCUCGGCGCUCACUUGAUUCCCUCGAUUGAGUUUUCUGACAUUGACGAUGAAGCCCAGACUGCCCGCUUUGGCCAUGACCUAAAGCGUUACGGUGUCGGAGUCAUUCGCAAGGUCGUUCCACGAGCUGAUACUGAUACCGCUGUCCGCGAGACUGUCGAUUACCUCGAUAGCAAACGCCACAUAAAAGCGCUCCAACACGACCCGGCAUGUUUCGAUUUCUUUUGGACCCCGGCCCAAGUCCGCUCGCGCGCGCAUCCCAACAUUCUCAGCGCCCAGCGAUUUAUGAUGGGCUUAUGGGAAACAAGCCCGGAUGAUCAACUUGUCACUAGGCUACCCAUUACCUAUGUCGAUCGCAUUCGAGUGCAUGGCAAUACGGAAAACCAGUCCAACGGUCUCAACGUACCGCCUCUUGAACCCCCACAAUCCGCUGAUGACUGGAUUCAAGCUCUGCAGUCUUCGGCUGGGAUCAUUGCUCAGGUUGACAAUGGCUCUCUGGAGCGCUGGGAGCCUGAUGGCUAUCAACAUGCAGGGACUUACAACAAUAUUUUCCAUGGCCGCUGGGAAGAUCAUGAUCCAUGGGAGUGCACCAGUCGUACCUCUGUGACGACAGAUCUCUACAACGGUUAUGGUGCCUGUACUAUUUUCCGCAUGUUCCAAGGAAUCUUGGCCCUUUCUACGGUUGAGCCUGGCAUGGUGCGUCUGCUACCGUCACCCAAACUAGCAACGGCCUACUACCUACUGCGUCCGUUCUUCACCACCAAGAAUCCUCCUCCUGAAACGCGCAGCGGGCCUGAGUGGGAUGCCUACUUGGCUCCUGAGAACUGGCAACUACAGCGGGACCCUGAUUCGAUCAUUCACGGAGCUGUCCCAGGCCAUGCACAGAGAAUCACCGAAAUCUGGCACCCGCACUUACACUUGAGAAGUAGCAUGAUCACAUUACCCACGCUGCAGCCCGGUGACUACAUCUUAUGGCACCCUGAUCUCCCAUACUAUCUCUCCAGCAACAACUAUGGCCUCAAGACGCCGAGCGGUAGCAACAGCGAAGUCAGUAUGCUCGUGUAUAUGCCAGCAGCUCCUCUUACACAAACGAACGCACUCUACCUGGCGCGGCAGAGAAAAGCGUUCCAAAGAGGCCACCCCGGUCCGGACUUCGACUCCACCGGUAGGGGUAUAGUUGAAGAAGACUCCGAUACGCGACCUGGAGAGAAGGAGAUUGCCGACGUCGGUGGUCCGGCCGCAUUGCAGGCCAUGGGCCUGGCUCCUUGGGAAGUCGCUGGAACUCGUUCCGGAUCACCACCCAGCGACAAGGCAAAAUCCAAUGAGGAGGAUGUGGAUAUGGAGGCUGAGACUAGAAGCCUCAUGAGCUCUUCCUCGAUCUCACGAGCUGAGGCCGAGGUUGUGCGUCUGGCCAACAUCAUCCUUUUCCCGGACAGG